AUGUUUUGUCUUCUAAUUUGCCAGAGACUUGCUCUACUGGGAGUUCUUGAAGAGAAUCUUAAGCAGCUCCAGCCAGGUCUAGUUGCUUAUGUUAAGGACAACAAGUUUCGGAUAUCAGAGUUGGUCUCAGCUAUCUUGCCUCCUGAUGAGGAGGUAGUGGAGGCUGUUCUGGAAGCUCAACCAGAGUCUACAAAAGCUUCGGUGGGUCCAAGCCUUGAAGAUCAGUUCCAUGAAAGCAUGUAUUGGUUGCAAUGGUUGAUGUUUGAGGGUGAACCAGGCACUGCCCUAGAGCACAUGGGUAAAAUGAAUUUUGGUCAGCGUGGUGUCUGUGGGGCUGUUUGGGGAAACAACGAUAUAGCUUACCGCUGCCGAACUUGCGAGCAUGACCCAACAUGCGCAAUUUGUGUUCCAUGUUUCCAGAAUGGGAACCACAAGGACCACGAUUACUCCAUUAUUUAUACAGGCGGUGGUUGCUGUGAUUGUGGAGAUGUGACUGCAUGGAAACGUGAGGGUUUUUGUUCGAAGCAUAAAGGUGCAGAACAAAUACAACCCCUUUCCAAGGAAGUUGCGAACUCUGUGGGUCCUGUUCUAGAUUGCGUACUUUCUUUAUGGAAGGGGAAACUAUUGUCUGCUGAAACUAUCUCCGAGGGAAGUUCUGGAGUUGCUGAGCUCAAAAAGGUUGCAGAUGAGCUGACAUCUGCUGUGGUGGAGAUGCUCUUAGAGUUUUGUAAAUUCAGUGAAAGUUUGCUCAGUUUUGUUUCUGGGAGGAUUUUCUCUGCAAUUGGUUUAUUGGAUAAUCUGGUGAGGGCAGAAAGGUUCUUGAGUGAUGAUGUGGCUAAGAAGCUCCACGAGUUACUUCUGAAAUUGCUUGGAGAACCUCAAUUUAAGUACGAGUUUGCAAAAGUUUUCUUAAGCUACUAUCCGGCUGUUGUAAAUGAAGCCAUAAAAAAAUGUGAUGAUGCCAUUUUCAAGAAGUGCCCAUUGUUGUCAACAUUUUCCGUUCAAAUUUUCACCGUACCUGCUCUAACCCCACGUCUUGUGAAGGAAAUGAAUCUUUUGGCCAUGCUGUUGGAUUGUUUGGGGAACAUAUUUAUUUCUUGUGCUGAGGAAGAAGGUCGACUACAGGUUACUAAGUGGGGAGAUUUGUAUGAAACAACUCUUCGUGUGGUUGAAGAUAUUCGAUUUGUCAUGAGUCACUCUUUAGUACCUAAAUACGUGACUCAUGAUCGGCGAGAUAUCUUAAAAACUUGGAUGCGACUCUUGACUUCUGUACAAGGGAUGAACCCUCAAAGGAGAGAAACAGGCAUUCAAAUAGAAGAAGAAAAUGGGAAUACGCAUUUGCCUUUUGUUUUAGGUCACUCUAUUGCGAAUAUUCACUCUCUUUUAGUGGCCGGGGCAUUUUCUGUCAGUAGUGCUGAGGAGACAGAUGUUGAAACAUCUUUUAACAUGCAUGAACUAGAAUUCGAAGACCAGGAUAGCCUAAGACAUACCAAAGUUGGAAGGCUUUCACAGGAAAGCUCCGUUAGUAGUGUGACAGGAAGAAGUAGUACAUUGAAUUGUACAUCCAAGGCUGAUGAAGUUAUGAAUACUGAUAAUGUUCCAAUUCCAUCUUCUGUUUCAUGGUUAACAUAUGAGUGCUUGAGGGCUAUUGAGAAUUGGUUGAGGGCAGAUAAUACAUCAGGGCCUCUUCUCAAUAUCUUAUCUCCAAAAACAAGUAACAACUGUGGCAACAAUUUCUUUGCAUUGAAGAGGACACUUUCUAAGAUUAGAAAAAGCAGAUUUAUUUUUAAGUCUCACAAUGCUUCUCCGUCUGAUAGUAAACUUACAAGUGAAGUUCAUGGUAAAAAAUGUUCUUCACUGGAUAGUGGACGUAGUAUGGGACACGACAGCAGCCCUGACUGUUUUGAUGAUAGUGGGGUGGAAGGAGAUUAUGCUACCGAACUAGAAGCCCUCCGUGUUCUAAGUUUGUCAGAUUGGCCUGAUAUAAAAUAUGAUGUUAGUUCUCAGUGUAUAUCUGUUCACAUUCCAUUACAUAAAUUACUUUCAAUGGUUUUACACAAAGCGUUAAGAAGAUGUUUUGGUGAACCUGCAUCACCAAAUUUGAUCAGAGCUAAUCCUCCCGAUCCGUUGGUAGCAGCUACCUACCGUAAUUUCUUUGGUCAUAUGUUAGGAGGGUGCCAUCCUUAUGGCUUUUCUGCCUUUGUUAUGGAGCAUCCAAUGCGAGUUAGGGUAUUUUGUGCUGAAGUACAUGCUGGAAUGUGGCGGAAAAAUGGGGAUGCUGCCAUAUUAUCUUUUGAGUUGUAUCGUUCUGUACGCUGGUCGGAGCAAGGUUUGGAGCUCGACCUGUUUUUACUGCAGUGCUGUGCUGCAUUAGCUCCAGCUGAUCUUUAUGUCACAAGAAUUAUGGAACGUUUUGGGUUAGCAGAUUACCUUUCUUUGAAUCCUGAACAGUCUAAAUUUGAGGGCAUAUGGCUGUUGUUGGUUUUUGUCGCCGGCAGAGGUCUUGUUGAUGACCGAGUUGUGUCAUCUGAAGGAUUGAAUGGUUGCUUCACUGUUUGCCCUCGAGUGAUGAUCAUGUUGAUCGUCUGUGAUUUGCCGCCGGGGAAGACCCCUGUUGGUUACAAGUCCCAAGCCAGCUUGGGUUAUGUUGUUUGGAUCAAGCCCCUCCAGGCCAGGCUUCACCAGAACAGGCCCAACGUCAAGAAGAAAAAGAAAGAAUCACUUGGUCCAAUCAACUCAGAUCAAGCCCAGACCAAUGAGAUCAGUGUAUGUAGCAGCCAGCUAAAAGGCCUUAUGAGGUGA